AUGCAUCAUGGGAAACGUGGAUCGACGACGAUGCUGUGUUCAAUCCGAGUUCGUCCAUUGAACAAAAGAGAAAAGCAGUUAUCAUCCAAGGUGAUAGUUCACAUGAAGGGAAACUCCACAUUUAUUUACAAGGUAGGCCUAAAUAUAAAAAAUACUCUUCGUUGGGACGAGUCGAAGGAAUAAGUGAAGACUUUUAUAUAUGAUUUCUCAUAUGAUUCAUCCGACAGAGGAAAACCCACAUCCCAGGAAAAGAUUUUUCAUGACUUGGGGUCUGAUGUCCUGAAAGCUGCAUUUGAGGGUUUCAACCUUUAUAUAGUCUAUGGUUUCAACGCCUGUGUGUUUGCCUAUCGCCAAACAGGCUCAGGAAAAUCCUACACCAUGAUGGGUCACGCAAACGACAAAGGUUUAAGCCCACAGAUCUGUGAGGGCUUGUUCAGUGAGAUAUCUCGUAGAGCCAAGAGUGAUGCCGUGUCCUUCCGUACAGAGGUCAGUUAUUUGGAGAUCUAUAAUGAAUGUGUGCAGGACCUUCUCAUCAAGAAAACUAUACCAACAUAUGGAGGCUUGAGAGUGAGAGAGCACCCCAGGGAUGGACCCUAUGUAGAGAAUCUGUCCCAGCACUUGGUUCACAAUCACAAUGACAUGGAGGACCUGAUAAAUCUCGGCAAUGCCAACCGCUCCACAGCCAGCACCGGCAUGAACGGCGCGAGCAGCCGCUCCCACGGCAUCUUCACCAUCAGGUUCACCCAGGCGUGGUUUGAUGCGGAGGUGCCCCGUGAGACGCUGAGUAAGAUCCACCUGGUGGACCUGGCAGGCAGCAAGAGAGCAGACUUCAGGCUGAAGGAAGGCGCCAACAUCAACAAAUCCCUGGUCAUCCUGGGAAGUGUGAUCUCUGCUCUGACUGAACUUAGUGUGGGAGGUCGGUCAACAAAAAAGAAGAUCAGAGACUCUGUGCUGACAUGGCUACUGAAAGACAGCCUGGGUGGAAACUCUGUGACUACUAUGAUCGCAACCAUCUCCCCCGCCAAUGUGAACUACCUGGAGACCCUGAGCACGUUGCGCUACGCCAGCCGAGCUAAAAACAUAGUGAACUCUCGCACGGUGAACUAAGAUGAAAACGUGAAGGUGAUCAGAGAGCUGCGGGCAGAGGUUUCCAGACUCCGAGGGCUACUAGAAGAAGCUGAUCAGGUUUCCCGUGUGGAGCCAUCUUCCUCUGUGAAGGUAGAGGAGGAGCUGCAUCAGAAUGAGGCGAGGCAAAUGUGGACCAGCAAAUGUGGCGAGACUCGCAGUAUUUUGCAGGAGGAGACUGUGGCUCUGAAGAAGAAAGGCAGUGGAGUGCUCCUGGGCUGCCAGUUGCCUCAUCUGAUAGGCAUUGAUGAAGACAUGCUCAGCGGUGGAAUCGUCCUGUAUUAUCUGAAAGAGGGCAAAACGCUGAUUGGGAGUGAAGAAGCCUCAUGCAGUCAGGGUAUUGUGCUUCAUGGUCCUGGGCUUCUCAGUGAACAUUGUGUGUUGGAGAACCGCGCUGGGACCGUGACUCUGAUCCCGCGGGAUGGUGCGCUGUGUUCAGUCCACGGCUCUGUGGUAACUGAGCCCUGCCAGCUGACCCAGGGUGAUAUCACCAAAGCUAGGAGGUGGAACUUUACUCCGGUUAGCGGGCUGCCGUCUGCCUUCAGCCUGCCCUUGACUGACAUGUCCAACUCUACAGAGACUCUGUCCGAGGCGAUGCUGCAGAACCCAGGGAGGAUGGAAGAGAAGCUCAACCAGCAGGAGGUGGAAUGGCAGCAGGUCCAAGAAAACCUGAACAGACGCAACCGGGACAUCAAAAGACUUUCAAAGAAAAACAGUAGGGCUCCCCAUCAAUCGAGAGCAGAAAGGAAGGCAACAGGGGCAGAGAUGGAAGAGACUGGCAACGGCCAGAUGGAAACGCAGUCUGCAGAGACAGCCGCGUCCAUAGUGCCACACAGCUGUCUAACCUCUGCCACAAUAGAGAAGCUCAUCAAUGCAGUCAUACCUGGUAAAGAUCCUGUCCCUAACACCAGUAUUCAGAUGGAUAGAGACACACUACAGGAUGGGAUAAGCACCAGGGAUGGCCGGGAGCAGGAGGGGGACUUGUGUCAUAAAUCAGGGCCGGGGCUCAUGUCUGAGUGGCCACGGAGGAAAGUGAGAGAGGAGGUUUGGUCAGGGGAUGCCAGCCUCCAGCAGACAAGUGUCCUGGGCCCGGGUGAUGGAUGUGGCACGAAGCCAGAGGGGAAUGCUAACAAGAUCAAAGGCGCCGUGGCUGACUGCUACAAGGAGAGACCUGAAUCUGGUGGGAGCUCAUUAAGCAGCAUGUCCCACCUGCAGAGCAGCAGAGGAACUCGCUCCACGUCUGUCCUCCCACAGAACAGCACUCAUCCUCAGCUCGACAUAAAGCCCCUCUGCAGUCAGGCAGCCCGCUGUCCGCCUGAGAAAACAAUCUUCGAGGGCCUUUUUGGCUGUGCAGAGAUGGAUGAAUCUGGAGUAACCCAGUUCAUCCAUUCACCUGAAGACAAAGAUCAGGCAUGGGAGAACUCAAUAAAUGUCCACAACACAAACGACGUACAAAUCUUUAGUCAGACGCUCAUCUCCACCUCACUGCACAACUCCCAGAAGAUUUUAGCUCUCUAUUGGCUGAAUGUUGCCAAGUGCAGCCAACCGGAGCCUCGCCCCGCCCUCCUGGUCCUGGCAGAGACCGGCCUCUUCACCCUGACUGCUGACUCCGGGCACCUGGUUAUGUUCCAUCAGCUCCCCUUGGUGCAGCUGAUAGAGGUGCAGAUAGGCUUAGCAGGCCACAGUCUGCGUUUGAUGGGCUCCUCAGAGGAGAGCAUCCUGGGAGUCUACACCCACAGCCACAGCCAGAACCUUACCAAAUACCUGUGCUCGGCCAUACUUGGUGUUAUCUGCCCCUGGGACAGAAGGGUGUCUCAGCACCCGCUGCUUCAUGGAGACCUGAUGAUGCUGUCUUUAGACUGGCAGGCUUCUGUACCUGACCUGCUGCUGGAUGCUGGUUUAAAGGUCUGCUGCCAGUUUCAGAAAAGUCUUGCUGAUCUGGUGUACUUUCUCCAUUGUAACAUGGAAGAAGGAGCAGUAUCUCUAGGCGAAGUGCAGAUACUGGUGUACACAGGUGUAGGGGUGCGGAGCAGUUCCAAUAACUACACUGAGCCCCUGACCCAGCUUUUAGUCACUGACACCCACGGCAUGGUGCAGGAGGAUGCUGUCUUUCACCCGACUUCACGCUCUGUCAGGACAGAGCCCUGCCGUCCCCAAUUCAAUGACUUAACUCUCCGUCAGUGCUCAGAUGUGUGCUGCGUGCUGGUGCAUGAUAAAGACGAGUGCGGUGCUGUCAGUCUGGAUGUAAUCUUGGCAAAUGCGAGGGGCAGGGGUCACCCUGAAAGCGUGACUAAGGCAGCUAGCCCGUCUGCACACGCUUCAAAUUCAUCUCCGCAAGCCGAAGUGUGGAAAUUAACUUUCAGUUGCUCCUCUGAGGCCGCUUUCCUGAUUAAGCACUUGUCAAAUGUCUGAUCAAGGACUGAACAGCCAGUAAUGAACAGCCCGGCUCGAAAACUCUCAAUCACAGGGAGCAAAAGUGCAUCCCAACCAGACAAUGCAGAGGACAGCUUCACUGCUAAAUGACAGUUAAACUAUGAACUAUUUUGAAGUUUCCAUUUUGAUUUGUUUUUCUUAAAGUUUGUCGUUUUAAUAAUACAUGGCUUUAGCACUUUUAUCUUUAAACCCCUUACAUUUCUUUGUACUUGUAUUGUUUUUGUUCUUUAACCAUUAGCCCCCUAUUAUUAUUGUUGUCAAAGGUUGUCAGUUUAAUGUUAUAAAUAAUUAUCUUGACAUUCAGGAUUAAAAACCUGUUUGUACUGGUUUUGU